AUGCUGGAAGCUUUUGAAAUCCUCACCACCUCGGGCGUGGUACUGUGGUCCAAGACCUACGCACCAGUGGGGUCCCAUGUCAUUAACAGCCUGAUCAACGACGUUUUUAUCGAAGAAAAGGUCGUGCCCCAGGGUGCUUCGGCCGGUGUUUCGCCGAUAUUCAAGAAGGAGAAAUAUACCCUCAAGUGGAAGAGGGUCAAGGAAUUUAACCUGAUCUUUGUUGCUGUGUACCAAUCGCUGCUUCACCUCGGCUGGAUUGACAGACUCCUCGAGAAUAUCUCCACUAUCUUUAUCGACCUCUAUAAGGACCAACUGAAGGGAAACCGCACGAGAAUCACUGCGUACCGAUUCGACCCGUACUUUGAACAGCAGGUGCGCGAGCUUGAGGACAAUACCGGCAGUGUCGCAGAGACGUACCCUGCAGAGACCGGGGAGAAGAAAGACCCGCUUGUCUUGUCGGACAAUGGCGGUCCUCCGCCGCCACCAGUGCCUGGCCUCAUGAAAGCGCAGCCUCAAGCUGCGCUGGCCGGGGCGACCUCUGAUGAGGGCACGCCACUAGCAACUCCUGAUACUUCUAGGUCUUCGACUCCUGUGGGCCACAUCCUUGCCGGAAAGGCUGGACCCGGCGGUCGACUCUCUCGCCGUGCGAAGAAGCUCCAGAAUGUGAGCUCUAAUGCCUCGUCUGGCGAUGAAACUUCUCGCAAAGGCAAAGCUCCCAAGGGCUCCGCAAAGAAGGGCCGCAAGUGGGAUGCUAGCGGGUAUGCAGAUGAGGAUGACGGCGAGAUCCUGGACUACUCUGCUCCUGCAGAUGAUGCGGAGCCUGCCGCCCCCGCUGUGGAAGCCAUCUCCCAGGAUGAUUGGGGUCGCAGAACUGGCAAGGGCCAAUUUGUCUUGAAAGAGCUUGGUGAUGAGGUCCAUGAUAUUCUGGACAAUGCCGACGCUGAAAAGAGCAAGGGCAAUGCUUCCUCGGGUAUUGUUGGCUCUGGUUUCAACGCCGUCGGUGGCUUCUUCCGCAACAUUGUCGGCGGCAAGACAUUGACCGAGGCUGACCUCCAGAAGCCGCUCAAGGCGAUGGAAGACCAUUUGCUGAAGAAGAACGUCGCUCGUGAGGCGGCCGUCCGUCUCUGCGAAGGUGUUGAGCGCGAGCUGGUUGGAAAGAAGACCGCCAACUUCCAGAGCGUCGACACUGCUCUACACAUCGCAAUGGAGGCAUCCUUGCGAAAGAUGCUGACUCCCACCUCCUCCUUGGAUCUGCUGCGCGAGAUCAACGCCGUGACCGCCCCGACUACCAAGCAGCAUGCUCCUCGUCCCUACGUGAUGUCCAUUGUUGGCGUCAACGGUGUUGGCAAAUCCACCAACCUGAGCAAAAUCUGCUUCUUCCUUCUGCAGAACAAGUACAAAGUCCUCAUUGCGGCUUGUGAUACUUUCCGUUCUGGUGCCGUUGAGCAGCUUCGUGUCCACGCUCGCAACUUGAAGGAGCUUAGUGUCCGUGAUGGUGCUGGCGACAUUGAGCUCUACGAAAAGGGCUACGGCAAAGACGCGGCGAACGUUGCCAAGGAUGCCGUUGACUACGCUGCUGCCCACAAGUUCGAUGUCGUCUUGAUCGACACAGCUGGUCGUCGUCACAACGACCAGCGUCUCAUGUCUUCCCUCGAGAAAUUCGCCAAGUUCGCCAAUCCUGACAAGAUCUUCAUGGUUGGUGAGGCGUUGGUAGGAACAGACAGUGUCAUGCAGGCACGUAACUUCAACGCGGCAUUUGGAACUGGCCGGAACUUGGAUGGCUUCAUCAUUAGCAAGUGUGAUACGGUGGGCGACAUGGUUGGAACACUAGUUAGCAUGGUCCAUGCCACGGGCAUCCCUAUUGUCUUCUUGGGUGUUGGGCAGCACUACGGAGAUCUGCGUGGACUUAGUGUACCCUGGGCUGUCAGUUUGUUGAUGAAGUGA